AGAGAAGUACGCGCACUUGCCAGUAGCCUUUGGUUUCGUCAUAUCCGCAUUAUGGUGUGUAAUUACCUGAAUGCUAAUCAUUUUUCAAAUUUUUCCGAGAAAGUAUUCAAUGCUCGUCAUGGAUGUGAGUUCAUUGUACAAAUGACCAGCAAUACUAACUUCUAGAGCGGUUGAGAACGUUUCUGGAUGAAAUCACAGUGGUUUCGUGAGACAUUAGUGCUUUCCAUAUUAAGCGUCGUCGGUCCGUGAUUCGAUAGUGUAGUGGUGAGCAGUCGUGACUCAAGUUGAAUUGUGAAAUAAAUGUUUUGGAUAAAUUUAUAUCUGAAAGAGAAAUGCGACUUGUCUUAAACACAAAUGAGAACUUCGAUUCAAUAGGCGUAACAUUUCAGCAGUCUGUUAAAGUAGACUCGCUACCGACCUGGGGCUCGAUUGAUAAUACGUUUAAAUCACAACUCACUGAUUAUUCAUCGAUCUUCGACGGUCCUCGUCAUCGGAUUAAUCCGUUCCCGUUAUCGAAAGAAAUCAACAAUCGGUUUAUCAUUUGGGACGGUGAUAUAACGCUAUUGCAAGUUGAUGCCAUUACGAAUACAACAAAUGAAACGUUGACAGAACGGAAUUUUAUAUCGGAUGGUAUAUUUGGACGUGCCGGUUCACGACUGAAAGAGGAAAUUUCAAGCGACAUACGAGAAUGCAGAACAGGUGAAGUACGCGUAACGAAGGGUUAUGAUUUACCAGCCGAAUUUAUUUUGCAUACUGUAGGACCUAGAUUUAGUGAGAGAUAUAAAACAGCUGCCGAAAACACAUUAUAUUCCUGCUAUAGAAACGUGCUGUGCAAAGCAAAAGAUUUAAACUUAAAAACAAUCGCUUUAUGUAUUAUAAGUGCAACUCAACGAAACUUUCCACCGGAUUUAGAAGCGCACAUAGCAUUACGUACUUUACGAAGAUUCCUAGAGCAAUCAAAAUCGGAAAUUGUGAUAUUGUGCAUAGAGCCACAUCAACGGGGUAUUUAUGAGGUGCUAGCACCACUCUAUUUUCCUAGAAAUCGCUUAGAAGAGAGUAGUGCACUUUGGCAUUUGCCCAAAGAUAUUGGUGGACCUAACGGUGAGCCACAGUAUCCUGAUCGGCAAAUACGUAUUAUUCAUAAUCCACAUCAUUCAAUCACAAUGAUUGGUGGAAGAUAUCCUGACGACGACUCCGACACCAGUCCUCAUGACCUGGAAGGGGGUAAUUCCGACUUAGAAUACGGAACCGUCGACAUAAACAGUGGUUUAAAUUUAAGCCCACACCUGAACAUUGGUCAACAUGCAUUUUCACAAAUGCAGGGUGAUUUAGAUCGGCAACGUUUAUUAGGCGAUCGUCCACGCGUCGGUAUUUAUGAAAGCGUAAUUGAGACCGGUGUCGAAGGAAUAGAACACCAAGAAAGAUACGAACGAUUACUACGUCGUGCUCGCACGGAAGAUUUAUCUGAAAUAUCUGGAAUCGGAUGCCUUUAUCAAAGUGGCGUAGAUCGUUUAGGACGGCCAGUUGUUGUAUUUUGUGGGAAGUGGUUCCCAGCAAGUAAUGUCAAUUUAGACAAGGCUUUGUUAUAUCUCAUUCAUUUAUUGGACCCCAUCGUUCGAGGAGACUAUGUGAUUGCCUACUUCCACACCCUAACUAGCACCAACAAUUACCCAUCACUGCAAUGGUUGCGAGAAGUUUACAGCAUACUUCCAUACAAAUACAAGAAGAAUUUGAAGGCCUUCUAUAUCGUGCAUCCUACAUUCUGGACAAAGAUGAUGACUUGGUGGUUCACAACAUUUAUGGCACCCGCAAUCAAAGCUAAAGUCCAUUCACUUCCCGGUGUUGAACAUCUUUACUCUGCCAUUUCCAAAGAACAGUUAGAGAUUCCUGCAUAUAUCACAGAAUACGAUAUGGCGACGAAUGGCCUGCACUAUUUCCAACCGAUUACUCAAAAUACAUCUUCGUAGAGUUAGAAAACAUAGUAUUGUUUUAAUAGAAGUAAUUAUUAUAAAUACUUAACUGUUUGUUAUAUGAUUUUUAUCUAAACGUUAUUAGAACGUAGGCAUUCACAUAAUAUCGAGUAUUGUUUUUUUAUAUAUUGGAAGAACAGAGGUAAAUGCAUUACUAUAUAUAAAUAAAAACAUAAUUGUAAUAUAAUAUCAAUAAAUAAUUAUUAAUUAGUUUUAGAGUGAUAUAAAUCUAAUUCUUAUGAUGACAUUGUAAUAAUUACGUUUUUAAGUAUAUUGUUACUGCGACUUAUUGGUUUUUACGUAAAUUCGAAAAAUGCUGUCACUAGAUCAAUUCAAAACAAUUAAAAGGAAAGAAACUAAGAAGAAACAAAUUUAUAACUCAUAGCGGACAGCAAUGCUUAAUGUACAUUUGGUAAUAGAAGGUGUAUUUUGAUGAAUGUUAACAAACCACUGAUGUAAUACAGGACUACUUAGGCGAUUAUUAUGAAGCUAAAAUUAUAUAAAUUGUUAAUGGUUCGGAGACUCUAUGAAAUAUUAUAAAAUUAUGAAAAUAUGCUUGGCAUAAACACUUUAGAGUCGACUAGGUUCGAUGCGAUUGUUACGUUUAGUUUUGGAACAAUAUUCAUAAAGGCAUAAUGCUCAUAAGAUUCAGUACUUAUCCAUACCAUAGUAAGUCACUAAGAUUUCGAAAGUCACUAAUUACGGUAUCAGUUGUCGACGAUUUUGAACAACUGUUUUGUUCAACGGCAUCUGUUCCUGUAAUCCCGGCAGCCAUACUUGGAUAGAUUUAAAAACAGAAACUGCGAGCAAUUCGUUUUUUACCUUUAUUUUCCAAUAGUUUUUCAUUUUAUUAUUCAGCAUACUCUCCACUGUAUUUGUAAGUUUAAUUGAGAAUAAGAUAAUUCAUUUUGCUUAAUUCUACUACUUAAAUGUAUUGAUAACGUGCUGAUGGUGCUACAUAACAUCGUAUGUUCAAUCUAUGAUAGAAUCAAAGCUAAAUGAUGUUAAUUCACGCGAAGAAUUUUUGUUUACACUUAGUUUUUAGUUCUAAGUCUUCCUUACAAAGCUAUACUUAAUAGAAAUCUGAAUUUACUUAAGAAACGAUUUGAUCAUCUAAUCUAGUUCAGUACGCUUCUUAUUUUUGUUCCAAAAGAUUUAUGUUGAUUUUAAGCAGUUUUAACUAUCGAAAAAUUUAUCUAAUAAAAGUACUUCAAUCGAU